GAUGCAAUACUAAAUGAUGAAGAGAAAGGUACAGCAGAGCAGCCUGCACUACAAGUGCACUUUCAAAAAUCACAUUCAUACUUAACUUGCCUCUUAGCUACACACUUAUGUCAAUCAUUUAAUGUUCCCAAACAUUGGCUCUUUCCCAACUCUUAUAUAAAGCUUUCCCCAUAUUCAAACAUCAUCACUCCCAAAAAACUUUCCACAGCACGAUUUCUCUCUCGUGCACAUAUUACAGCAUUUGCACCCACAGAAGAGAGAGAUGAAUAUCAUGAAUGGAAAACUUCUUAAAACAUGCAUGAAGAAGUGGCGAAGAAUGGGUCGACGAGUCAUACCUUGUGCAGCCUGUGAUAUGUGCUGCUGUGGUUGGUCUUUGUGGCCUUCGCUGCAAGAAGAGAAAAUCGUCCCGAGUGACGUCCCAAAGGGCCACUUGGUAGUGUAUGUAGGAGAAUACCAGAAGAGGUUUGUGAUCAAAGUUACCUUACUGAAGCACCCACUCUUUCAGGCAUUGCUAGAUCAAGCUCAAGAAGUGUAUGACUUCACUGCUGAUUCAAGACUUUGUAUCCCCUGCGACGAGAAUAUGUUCCUCAGUGUUAUUCAGUGUGCCAAAUCUCCACCAGAUCGACUCUCCAUCUGCUUAUAAGAACUCCUGCAGAGAGUCUUGCAUUAUGAUAUCAUUCAUUUUGAUUUAACUCCUGAUUUAGGAUAACAGCGCGUAUAUCCAUAACCUAUUGUACACUAUGUUCAAGAGCCAUGUGUAUAUUCAUUAUUCAGCUGUACCGAAUAACAGUUUUAA